CUAAUCGUGUGUAUUUGUUUAGUUUACCAUGUUUCUUCUUGUUUGUAUUUUAUGUAGAAUAUCGUAACGAAAAUUUUUAAAAUCGAAUAAAACCAAUAGUACUCAAUGUUCUAUCUAUCGUAAAUGUACUUUGUGUGUUGAAACAGGGUGUCCUGAAGUUUUUUUAGUGAAGAUGAGUCGUGAUGAAAUUAAGAGUCUUGUGGAACUUGCUAACAAGAGACUCAAUAGCAGUGAAGAUUUUGAAGAGUUCCAGGCGUUUAGUAUACGUGUGCUCAAUUUAGACACUGUUAGUUUAAUGUUUUGUUGAGUAUUAUUGUUAGGGUUUAGGAUGUUACAUUACAACUAUUUAAAAUAAUAGUACAUAUUAGUAGGUAUUAUAAAUGACAUACCUAAUAGAUACUUAAUUAGUAGUACUUGAAAUCUAUAUAAAUUAUCUUCUAGAUUUAAUUUCGGCAAAUCUAUAACAUUGUUAUAAUCCAUAACAAGAGUAAUAUUUCUGUCUUAGAGAAAGGCCUCUGUACAAUUAUUAAAUUAUUAUUCUUUUAAAAUAAAACAUAAGUAUUAAAACACAAUAUUAUAAUAUUUACAAGUAAUAAAAUAUAGUAAUAUUAUUAAGGUAUGGUAUUAUUUGAGAUGGGUUGAUUUCACUUUUAACUGAUACCCUAUGUUCUGAUAAAUACAACCAACAUCAAAUUAAUACAAAAUUAUUAAUUUCAAUUUAUAUUAAAAUUAAUUGAUACCUAUAUUAGUUAAAAAAUUAAUUUGUCUAAUACUUUAUUUUCAAAACAUAAAUAUCAGUUUUAAAUUAGUCAUUACAAUAUACCUUUAAAAAUACCACAAUUCUUACAUGUUUUUUUUUCUUACCACAUAAGUAAAACUUAUGAUAAACCGUGUAUUAAAUUUUCAAACAUCCUUGAUGAACUAACAAAGUUUAAUCUACUUAAAAUUUGAUAUCUGGUAAAAAAGUUGUUGACACAUAAAAGUAAACCCCUCUUAAUAAAACUAAUGCAUUCAUUGCUACGUUUAAAAUCUACAAAAAAACAUAGCAUAACUAAAAGGUACCUACUUUUAUGGGUACCUACUCUAUAUAUAUUAUAUACUAUCAUAUGACAUCAGCAUAACAAUAAUUAAAUAAAUAAAUAGAUAUGUAAACAAAUAGAUAAAUAGAUACAGACAAUUUAUUAGUAUAUAAAAAUGAUAACUUAUAGUCAGACAUCCAAGCACCCCUCCAGCUUAUUUUCUCAGUGGACAGGAUUUUAAGAUGUGUCUUACCGUUUGAAGUUCUCGGCACUCACAAAACAGAGAUCCAGUCAUCUCCCACUUUUUGAGCAUGUAAUUGCACCUACCUGCUCAGUUCUAAUUCUAUUAGUUGUCCAAAUAGUGUGCUAAAAUUCGAAAACAAAAUGAAUAAAUAAUUGCAAAAAAAAUUUAAUAAAUCCAAUUCAAUCUUUACUAUUAUUAUGAUUGUAAAAUAAAAUAAUUGGCCUAUUUGUUUUUAUGCAACUUACCAAAAUAAUACUUUUUUAAUAUCCUAAUUUUAAUAGUUAAAUGUAAAUAAUGUAUAAAGUUAUUACAGUUACAUGCUUACAUUGGUUUUUACAGAUAUAUUCCUUGAUAGAUGAGAAAAUUGAUUGUCCAGAUGGACCUAAAAUACUGGAGUAUAUAUUAGUUGGUCUUUCUGUAAAACCUAAUGCCCAACCAAUGGUUGAAAAAGUAAUAUAUACCUACCAUUUAUUUUUACAGACAUUUUACGUCAUUAAUAUACUUAAUAUAUAAAUUAUGAUUUUUUUUUUUAUUGAAUUGAAAAUAUUAAAUGUUUUAGUUUACCUGUUACCUAUUAAUAUGGUUUAUUUAGGUUUAUGAAUAUGUACUAAAUGCAAUUAACACUUCAGAUAUACCUGAAAAAAUGAAGGUUUGUUUGAUAAGCCGUUUGUCAUUAGAGUUGCAUAAGUUAUCGACUGAACAACUAAUCAAAUUUAUAAAUAUGUGUAAAAAAGACAUUGAAAAUUCCAAUGAAAAUUGCAUGCAGAGGUAAUUCAUUUUUGUUUUUCAUUAUCAUAAAACUAAUUCAAUUUGAAUAUAUUUUUUAUUUUAGCUGGAAAGAAUUACUUCCACAGAUUUUUAAAAUAAUAUCUGAAAUUAAAGUAUUGACAGCUGAUGGAUUAGAAAUGACUGGAGCUGAGUAUCAAGAAAUGAUCAUUACAGACAUAUGCCGUUGUAAAGUGCAAACUAAUAUAACAGUACCACUUGCAUUAAUGUUCAGGUAGAUUUUUAUUUAAUUUUAAUAUACUUAUUGAUAAAUGUUUGUUUUUUUUUUUCAUGUAUUUAAUUUUACAAAUUGCAGAAGAACAAAAUUAACGGAAAAGGAGCAUGAUUUAGUUAUAAAAUCAUUGUGUUCAUACUUCAAUCAAAUGAAACCACAAGAAAUCCCACCACUUUUACAGCAAAUAUUACAUUUUUGUUCUGAUGGAGAUUUUUUAAAUCUUUUUUGUACUCUCCAAAUGUAUUUUGAUAACAAAUACAAUUUUGUUCAAAGUAGUGGAACUAAUAGUUCUUUAAUUGAAAUUGGUAAUAUAUUCAUAUUUAUUUAUUUACUUUUUAAAUAAUAUGUACAUCAUACUAUGUAUUUAGUUUAAAAACUGUAUAUUUUGUUAGAAGUCAACGAAAAAAAAGAAUUAUUAGAAGCUGAGAGUACAGUGUUAUUUCUCUUGGAAGAUUUUGCUAAAGUACAUUCUUCAUUUAUUAAUGAUAUAACUAAAUACAUAAAAUGCAGUAUUAAUGCUCCUAAUAUGGUGUUAGGACCAUUUAUGUUGGCAUUUUUACUAACUAUUUCUUGCUGUGCACCAUAUGAAGCUGUGGUUAGUAUAGUUGAUACAUUAUUAUUUAACAAAUUAAUAUAUUUAUACAUUAUUGUUUAGGUUAUUGGUUUGGUAAAAAAGCUUGUAAUACAAUCAUUGGAAGAAAUUGAAAAUAAUCACAGGUCAUGUUGGUUAAAAAUGAAUUAUACUGAUGUUUAUGAUGUGUAUGAACAAUUUACACAUUUUAUAAAAAGCGAGUAUGUUUAUAAAUUAUUUAAUUUGCUUUGUAAUAAUAUUAUUUAUAUUUUAAUAAUUGCAAUUCAAUUUAGGAUAUCAGGUUAUGAAAAAGUGUUCAAAGGUAUGGUCAAUUUAGGUAUAUCAUUUCUUGGAACAACUUCUUCAGUUUUUAAAAGUAAAUAAAAUUACAAUUGUUAAUGUAUUAUUUAUGUGAUAAAUAUAUAUUAUUAUAUUAUGUUAUAUUACAGAAAAUGCUGAUAUUACUAACAAACUACAUCAGCUUGGGUUGUUCAUUAUAGUUUCAUUGGUUAAUAAGCGAUCAUUUAUUACUGGUAGUGUUUUACGAAAAUUAACAGAUUUUAUUACAUCUAAUCCAGUAUCUAGUCAAUAUCUUGGUAGGUAUUUAAUAAUAUACUUUUUUUCAUAUUAUAUACAUUUUAUUAUGUGUAUUUACUUGAUAUUACCUAUUUGCAUAAUUAAUAAUUUGAUUAUAAUUUAGAAUGUUUACAUAAACUUUGUAAAAAUCAAAAGGGGUCAGUCCUUGAAAAUAAUGCUGAAUUAUUAAGAUUGUUUAAAGAAAUACCAGUAGGCUUAACUGAUAAAGUAACUUUUAGUGUAAUGCCUGUGUUAAAAGUAUCAACAUAUUUACGUGAUAAUGUAAUCAUGAUUUUACGAAAAGAACUUAUGUCAAGGUUAGUUCAAUUUUAUGUUAAAUCUACAAAAUUACCUUAUGAUUUAUGUUGCAAGUUUUUUUUUUCACUAAUUUAUAUUAAGAUAAUUAUACUAAUAAUAUUAACUUAUUUUUAGGGAAUAUCAGUUAAGGCAUUGUGCUGUUUUGGGAUUUAUUGAAAUAUUAUGCAGUGUACAAUUGGAUACUUUUAUUUCUUUAAGUCAGAAUACAGACAGUCAAGAUUCAUGGCCUGGUCUGUUUACUCAGGUACAUAGUUACUAGAUUUAUGAGUCUAAGUUGUAAAUUUCAUAGAUGUAACUUUCCCAGAAGUAUUCAAACUAAUGUAAUCUAAAAUCUAUAUACCUUGCCCUAAGAGAGAAUAUUUUUUAUAUUCACUUUUUGCACAUUUGGACUAAAUUAGUUGGUGUACUUGGUAUUCUCUCAAAACAAAAUGACAGGGGGAAUUUGUAGACAGAUAUAAAUUAAUAUAUAAUCUAUAAUCUGGGAUUGCAUAAUGACUCACAGAUCUGUAAUUAUUUACAGACCUAUAAAUUACUGGAACAUACAGAAUUUCAUACACUACUUGCAGAAUUUUAUAGUUGAAAUUUAUUUUAUUUUUAUUAAAUUUUAAAAUUAAACUAUAAAUUAUGGACUUAAUAUUUAGCUUAUGGAUUAAUUGUCAUUGUUAUUAAGUGAUAAUGAUUAUCUGGGUCAGGGAUAGGGAACCUUCUCAUGUCAAUGAGCCAUUUUUUUUAAAAAAAACAUACCAUAAUACAAAAACGACUUAAUAUAUUUUACUAAGCAAUUUCAUUAGAAAUUAGUAAACAUAUAAUCAAAUUUUAAUUUAUAUUUUAUGAGUCUAGCUAUAGAUCUAGAAUGUCUAGAUAUUGAUGCAUUUUCCAAAAGCCAUAGAUUGCAUAUUAAGAAGUCUAGAUUUCAGACUUCUUACCUAAGUACAUUAUUGAGGUGUUUGACUGUUUUACCAAGACCACAAUUAUCCUGGAUACGUAUAAUUCACUUAAAAUGAUUUUAAUUUCAAACAGUGAUUCUGGUACUAACUUAAUAUCAGAAUAUUUUAUAAUUUAUUCAUUGAUCUUAUUUAUAAAUUUACUACAUAGUAAAUUAGUAUUAUUUAAACAUCUAGAACUGCUUGAAUUCACUUUAUAUUUUCAACUGGCCACUUGCCAUAAUAUAUUAAAACAAAUAAUAUAUUUGUAAAUAAAUGAUAAUAAUUAUAAUAAAUAAUCAUGCAAUUUAAAAUCAAAUGAGUAUAUAGGUUUCCUAAAAUAUUUUUAUUUUUCAUUUAAGUUUUGUGUCCGGUGACUCAUAUGUACAGAACAUUUCAAUUUUUUUUCAUCCUUUAAUCACUAAAAAAAAAACUCAAUUUACAUGAUUUUUAAAAUAUCUAUUAUGCAAAAAAUAUGGGAAUUUAAUGUAUAUCAGUUAUAAGCAAUAAACCAUUGCUUACAAAAACCUAUUCUAAGCUGAGUUUAGUUGAUAGUGUUGAUUGAUUUGUCAACAAUAUAUAUGUCAUAUUAUGGUAAAAUGAUUACAUUAUAUCAGGGUUUCAAACUGAAAUUAUUUUUUGUGGUUCUUUUAUUUUUUUGAUUUCAAUUGCUAGUCAAUAUUCAUUUUACAUUCAUUUUAUAGUUUUUUAAAACUAGUUUUCAAAUUAAUAAAUUUAUUAUAACAGUUAAUUUUGUUCUUUUUUUAAAUUUUUUUUCUUAAAACAAUACUAUACAGAGUGGGUGUAACUGGAAUAUUUAGCAUUUUAUCGGUAUAGUUACAUUUAAAAAUAUCAAAUAGCCCUGUUAUAGCCUGUAUAAUAAUAAUAACAUACAAGUAUGUAUGCACUAAGUAUAGUACAUUAAUAUUUAUAUACUACUCUGAGAAAAAAAACAUAAUUAAAUAUUAAUUUUAUUUGUAAAAUUAAACAAAUUAAACUUUAAAUAAACUUCAUUUUUAAAUUACAACUUAUAUAAUACUAUACUAUUAUAUUAUACAUUUAUAAUUUGUACCUAAUAAAAAAAAUAAAUUACUAAAUAGUAAUUACUAAUUAUUACCACAGAUAAUGGAUAAUCAUAAUAUUUUCUAACAUAUUUUUAUGGAGGCUAUUUCUUGAUAAUGGCACAAAAUCAUAAUCAUAAAAGUAUAAAACACAGUAACCAACAAUCUUAUGACUUGUACUUAAUCAGUAUUAAAGACAGCAAUAUAAAAUAGUUAAAGAACAAAAAAAUCAUUAAGGUUAACAUUUCAUUUUCAUUCUAUAAAAUAACUAAUUGUGGUUUUGAUUUUGUUUACAUUUAUACACAUUUUCCUGGCCUAUAUAUAACUAAUAAGUAACUAAUGACAGACUAAUAUUAAUUGAAAAAUAAUAUUGAGAAAAUCAAAAAAUGAUCUCCCUAAAGUACCUUCCCUGACUGAUUUAUUUUCAGAAAAAGUGCUAUUUUUGUAAAUUAUAGCAAGAUUUCUGGUAGGAAAGUUAUGCACAGAUAAAAAAAAAUCUUUAUAAAACCAUAAGCUUUUUGCUCUCCUCAGAAUCUAAAAUAUUAUAUUACUCAUUUUAAUUGUUAAUAUUUUUAAUUCCUAACAAUAAAUAAUUUGUAAUAGUUAUAGAAUGAAAUGAAAACCCCUUAUUGUAAAAAUAGUUAUCGAUUGAUAGUUUGUAUUACCUGUACUGUAAUUAUAAUUCUCUAUCAUUUAAUAUGGUAAUCCAUAAACUAUAACUUAAUUCUAUUUUCACUAGGGUGGUACUUUAAGGAGGCCAUUCUUCGAUUUUCUCAAGAGUUUUCUCAUCAAAUUUGAAAAACCGAAAAAAAUUAAGAAAACUGGGAAAAUUGGUACAACAUUAAACAAAUAUUAUUAAAGAAAAUAUAUAGCUUAUUUAAUUAUUUUACUAUAAUAUGACAUAUAUUAUUUAAAAAGCAUCACUAUCAACUGAACACCGCUCAGAAUCUGUUUUUUGUAAGCAAUGGUUUAUCAUUGAUUACAGGUAUACAUUAAAUUAUCUAUAAUAUUGGUCAUUAUCUUAGGUUUUAUUUUUUUUAAUGUGAAAACUUUGGUAUUACUGAUUUUAUUUGUAAAAUAUCCAUACAAAAUAAAAAUAAUCAAAUCAGUGAAUUUAUUGUAAAAUUCUAUUACAAAAUAAUGGGUCACUCUAUUUUUCCAAAAAUAAUCAUUAUUACCCUAUUUUUGGAUUACCGUGUCCAUUUUAGUGUGACACAUGUAUUUGUUUGUACACUUAUCCGGUAUUAAAAUUGAAAAUUAAAACAUUAAGAAAGUUAUUGACAUCUAAAAACAUUUUAGAACAUAAUGUAUAUAAAGUGAAUACAACUAAUAAUACUUAUUUAUUUUUCAUAUAAUUCAUAUUAAUAUUUGUAAUAUUUAUUUUAAAUGCAUAUUUUUUUGUUUUUUGUUUUGAUAGAUCCUUCUAGAUCGAAAUUCUGUUGAUAUCCAUUCAGCUAUCGAUUCUGAAGAUUCUAAAGAAAACAAUAAAAAUAUUUGUUUAGAAAUUUUAGAUAUACUAAAAACUUGCUUUUUCCAAAAAUCAGAAAUUAAAAGAACACUUUACAGAGGACUAAUAAGAGUCACUUCUCAUAACAAAGAAUUGUGUGUGUGUAUAAAUAGUUUAGUAUUGGACCACAUAAGUUCAUGGUGUAAUAGAGUCACAGUAGAUGACAAAAAGUCAUUAAAAUUCGAAAAAUCCAUAGUCACAGACAAAGAUAAUCAAUUUAUAGUGCAUGUAAGUUUGUUAAAAAUAAAUGAUUAUUAUUUUUUAAUUAGGUAUAUAUUUAUAUGUCUGAAAUGGUGAUUUUAGGAGCCACUGGAUGAGUUGAUUUUAUUAGCACAGCAUGUAGUAAUUACAAGUAUACCGUUUGAUAGUAAUGAAGAACUAAAUGCAUACGAAUUAAAAAAUAUAUUGAGUCAAUUGGUAAAUUUUUAUUCUGAAUGCAAUACAGAUGAAAUAAAAGUAGUAAGUAAUUGGAGUUUAUUUAUGACAAAUGAUUGAUUAGAAAUUUGUUUUAUUUUAUUUUAAAUGUAUUUAGAAUGAAAGUGAUAGCCUACUGGAUAUUAUUUCAAAUGUAACAUUUUACCCAGAAGUAAUUAAACAAAUUUUGUGUGUUUACCAAGCCCUUAUUGUGUAUACAAUUAACUCAUGGUGUAAUCCAGAACAAGAUAAAGAAUGUUGUGGAAAGUUGCAAAAGUUAUUUUUUAAAUAUAACCAUAUUAUAGAUGCUAUUGUGGUAAUAUAAAUUGUUAUAACUAUUGAAAUGUAACAAAUUUUUAUUUUUAUUUUUGUAUUCUAAGGCAUCCGACAAAACCUCCAAAAAAAAAGAUAAAGGAAAUAAUAAAAAUAAUAAAACUGAAACUAAUGCUGCAUCCACUAAAUUUAUUGAACCCUUUAUACUACUAGAUUUUGAUGUACUUUAUAAAUGUCUUUCUUUACUUGCGUAAGAUAUUUUUUCAUUAACUAAAAUGUGUCUUGCAUAAUUGUGUCUUGGAUAAUUUAAAUUUAUUUUUCAGUGAAAAUGUUAAUUGGAAUUCUAAAAUUGUUGUUACACCAUUAAAACAAAAUGCAAGGCUCUGGGAAUUUGUUUUGAAACUAAUACAAACAUAUUUGACUAAAGUACAAAAUUUAUUGUCACAUGAUGUAAAACCUCAUAAUUUAUAUAAAAAUCUGUGUAAAUUGACAAAGUAAAAAUUAUAUAUUUUUUUUUUCACUUAUUCCCACAUUACUUAUAAUGUAUUUUUUGCAUUUUUUUCAUAGAUUGCUUUAUAAUUAUUUUCUAUUUGAUUUAUGUGAAAAAAUAUCAUUCAGUCAGAUUGCGGUUGAACUUGGGUUAGAAACUUAUCUACAAGUUAUUAAACUGGUAAAUUCUCAUUAUAAAAAAUUGGAUACAUUUUUAUCAGACUCCAGUAAGUAAAAAAAAUUAUUUAAAUUUAUUUGUGUUUAUAAUUUAUAUUAUUUAUAAUUAAACUAACAAGAUUCAAGUGACAAACCUGAAGAAAUAUUUGAAGUGUUUUGCAAUAUUAAAUCUAAACUAAAUGAAAUACUAGAAAUGAAUCAAGUUGAUGUAAAUGUCAAUGAAGAGGACAAUGAAGAUAAAAUUAUUUAUGAAAAAAUUGAAUGUCUUCUAAUCGGGUGUGUGUCUGUUAUAUGUCACGUUAUAAAAAAUAAUCACCAUCCAAGAGUUAAAACUGUAACUAUAAUUAAUUAAAAUAAUGAUAUUCAUUAAAUAAAUUAUGUAUAUGUAUUUUAAAUAGAUAUUAGCUUGGUUAUCAACAGUGGCUGAGAAGUAUUCUUUUUCAAAUUUGUACAACUCUAAAGAAUUUUUAACCCUGAUGCUAGAAAUGUACACUGCAAAUCAAGAAGAUCCUAUAAUGUUAGCUACUGCAAUUAAGAAUUUAUGUCAUUCAUUUGGUCCAAUAAGUAAAGUUAGUUAUCUAUAUAAAAAAUAUUUCAUUAUAUCUAAUGAUAUUAUUUUGUUAUAAGUCAUAUGGUAUUGGGAAUAAAUAUUAACAGGCAAAAUAUCUUGUAAAUUUCCAAGGUCAAAAUAACUUAAUAAACUUUUUUUUUAAAACCUGUCUUAACCUGUUCAGAGUUAACUAUAGAAAACAAAUAUUUACUAUAUGUAGCUAUCAUAAAACAAAUUUGAAAAUAUGCCAUUCAACUAUGAGUUUGUUCCAGUAAGUCUAACAUUGAUAUAAUACAACACUACCAAAAUAUGGAUCUUCGAACCUUCAAUACAGCCUACUAGACAUUGAAUGUCAUUCACCGCAAUAUGAUAUUGUCUAUAACUAAUAGCUAAUGAAAUCCAAAAGUUUGCUCACAAAUAUGAGACUGGACUAGAUUACCAUGUCAAUCCAUUAAAGUAUUAGACAACUUUAGACUUAAGCCGUUUUGUCUAAAUACAAAAAGUCUAAAGUCUUUGGUGUAAUCUAAUACUAGAAUGGCCAAUAAAUUGACAUGGUAUUCUAGCAUAAACUUUAGACCGUAGGACUUUGUUUAAGAAUUUAAAUUAAGGCGCCACUUCAUAAGAAGUGGGACUUGUAAAGUAUAUAUUAACAACUAGUAUGUUGGAUAUUCCUUAGUAAAUAUACUUUUAAAUACUUUCAAGUUGUUUAAAUAAUAAAACCCAUGGUUAUUUAAAAAGAAAUAAACCUGUUUGAAAAGUCAAUAUUAAUUAAACUUGCAUAAUUUUUUUAAUUAAAUAUUGUUCAUUUUUAAAUCACAUUUUAAAAACAUUUAAUAAUAAUAAUAUGUUGCGUACAUAAUAUAACCUUAGUUAUCGUUGUUACACUGCAAUUACAUAGGAGUAUAUCAUAUUAUCUAUAAUCUAUAUUAUAAUAGACAUAAUAAGUCAAUCUAAAGCACUGAUUUUAUCUAAAAUUUUCUACUGUUUAGGGUAGUAUUAUUUUUAUUAUAUUAUGCAAUGUUUUUAAAAUAUAUAAUUAAAAUAUAAUGUAAUUUUUAUUAAUAUUCUAACAAAGAAAACAUUUUAAUAAAUUAUUUUAUUAAAUUUCUAACAAUACAUUUUAUGAAAAUAACAGUUUUUCAUUCUAUUGAUAAUAUUCAAUUACAACAUUUAAUAAAGAUUUUUAAAAUAAGUAUGAUAAUCAACUUGAAUAUUCACCACUUCUGUUUUUAUAUUUUUAGUCUCAUAGUACUGAUGGUUCACAAUUGAAAUUACUAAAGAUUAUAACAAACUGGAAUAGAACAAUGGUGUGUCCUGUGUUAUGUCAGUGUUUGUGCAAUGAGUUGCAUUAUGUCUUGUCAUGUUUACAAAGAAUAAAAUCAGAGUUAAAUGUAUCUCAAAGAAAAAUAAAAACUAUAUGUCAAGACCGAUUGAAAGUUAGAGAAAAGGCAAUUUGUCACCGUAUCGUUUUAGUAAUUUUGGCUACAACUUCAUUCACAAAAUCAGUGAUCCCGUUGGGUCAGUGUACAGAGUCUGUUUUUAAUUUAUUGUAUCACUUAUAUCACACCAUCAAUAUAGUGACAAAACAUUUUUUGGCCCGGUCAUCCUACCACGAACCUGUUUAUAAACAAGCUUUGUUGAGUAUACUUACAUUUUUGCGAUUUUAUAAUUUAUUGUUUUAAUUAUUAAACAAAUGAUUUUAGAUUGGUUAAAUUAUCUGAAAUUGUCAAUGAUCAACUGUCACCAAAUGUUUCUAAAUUUAUCAUGUUUGUUGAAGUAUGUAUUUGGUUAAACUAUUUUGUAAUGAUAUUACUCAAAUAAUAUCAAAUGUUAUAUUUUUUAGCACGAUAGACCUUUGACAGAUAAAGAAAAAAAAUCAAUACAGUUGAAAAAUCAAACACGCCGUCAAGCAAAUUACAUUCCCAGAGUAGUUACUGAAUUAGAACUGUUUGUGAAUCUGAUUACAAAAUUAGGGAAAAAAUGCAAGGUUAUUAUUACCAAAGAACAUUUUUUCAUUUAAUUAUUUUAUAGUAUACGAUUUUGUACAAUUUUAUUUUUUUUGUUGUUUAGGACAAGAAUUUGAUUAAUAAUCUCAAACUAACUUCGAGCCGUGACUUCAGGCUGAAUGUACAAAAACUUCAGGAUAUGCUCAGCAAACAAACCGAUUCAGAUGUAUGUUUAAAAUAAACCAUUAUAAUUUAUUAGAUAUUAUUUUAAACUAUAUAUUACAUAUUUUAAUUUUGUUUUAAUUACACAGGCAAGUGAUGAAGAAAUUGCUGUUCAUGAUGGACCAAGUGGGACUGAGGAUGAACCACCAUCAAAAAAGAAAAAAACAUAUGAUUCCAGUAGUAGAAAAAAAUCACCAGUUUAUUAAUUUUUAUUAUUUCUUUUUAUGGAAAAUCUUGAGAUAAAAAUUGUAAAUUCCGUUAAAUUCUACUCAACAAAUGACUAAAUUGUACUCAAUUUUUAAAUAUAUUUUUACAAAGCUGUUUAAUAUUAAAAAUAAUUAAAAUAAAAAUAUCAUUUAAAGUUCAU